CGGCAGUGCGAGUGAUGUAUCCAUGAAGUCGUUACUACAAAGAUGGCGGAUUUCCUGCCCUCCCGGACUGCUAUAGUUUGUAUUCCCAAUUGUCUUCUCUCCAACAGCGAAAUUGAUCAAAUUAGGAAGUCUAAGGAGAUCGACAAAAGCCUGUCUCGAGAGAAGACUUAUGUGAAGAAACUGGUAAAGAUCUUGCUGUUAGGAGCAGGCGAAAGUGGCAAGUCAACUUUCCUCAAACAAAUGCGCAUAAUUCAUGGGCAGGACUUCGAUCAGCGGGCCAAAGAAGAGUUCCGGGCUACAAUCUACAGCAAUGUUAUCAAAGGUGUCCGGGUGCUGGUGGAUGCCCGUGAGAAGCUGCACAUCCCUUGGGGAGAUCCUGAGAAUCAGGUUCACGGGGAGACAAUUAUGGGCUUUGACACUCGCUCGUCCUUGAUGGCCAAAGGGAUGGUGGAGACCAAAGUCUUUCUGAACUACCUGCCCACCAUCUGUGCCCUGUGGCAAGACAGUGGUAUUCAGGAUGCCUAUGACAGACGAAGAGAGUUUCAGCUGGGUGAAUCUGUGAAAUAUUUCCUGGACAAUGUGGAUAAACUUGGACAAUCGGACUACUUGCCCAGCCAAAAGGAUAUACUGUUGGCACGAAAACCCACCAAGGGUAUUCAUGAGUACAACUUUGAGAUCAAGAAUGUACCUUUCAAGAUGGUGGAUGUGGGAGGGCAGCGGUCGGAGCGCAAGCGAUGGUUCGAGUGCUUUGACUCGGUGACCUCCAUCCUCUUCCUAGUCUCAUCCAGCGAGUACGAUCAGGUGCUCAUGGAAGACCGUCAGACCAACAGGCUCACGGAGUCGCUCAAUAUCUUCGAGACUAUCGUCAACAACCGCGUCUUCGCCAACGUCUCCAUCAUUCUCUUCCUCAAUAAGACAGACUUGCUGGAAGAUAAAGUUCAGAUCGUGAGCAUCAAGGACUACUUCCCAGAGUUCACUGGGGAGCCCCACAGUCUGCAGGAUGUGCAGAAGUUCCUGGUCGAGUGCUUCCGUAACAAGCGCCGAGAACAGCAGCAGAAGCCCCUUUACUAUCACUUCACCACCGCCAUCAACACAGAGAACAUUCGCCUCGUCUUCCGUGAUGUCAAAGACACCAUCUUGCACGACAACCUUAAACAGCUCAUGUUACAAUGAAAGGUGCCGAACGGCCUUUAAGAACAUUCCAUUUUAAUUAGGGGUUUACUUUAAUACAAAGUACAAGUGGUUCAAUACAUAUUGUGGUUGAAGAAAAAUGGAUAGGAUAAUUGUGCAAACAUAUUUUCUUUUUUGCAUAAUAUUACGUCAUAUAUAUGCAAAGAAUUUGAUAUAAAAGCAACCUUUUUUUAGCUGCUUGUAGCCAUAUCAAAUAUGCCAAGGAAUGGUCCUCAGUUAUUCACCAAAAUGCUGUAAUUGUGAUCGUUUACUGUAUGUUUAUGAGCGCAUAUUUUCGUAUAAUGGAACAGUCAACACUCCUCUAGCCCUUAGGCUUAACACCUAGUUUUGGAUAAAGCUUUUUUUCAAAAAGAAAUCGUAAGAACUCAGGGCUUUCAAUGUUUAAAUCAAAGAGCUCUUCUGCACCAGUGAACAGGUUUUUUUUUGUUUUGUUUUUAAAUGGGCUUGAGCCUGGUUAUAUUGUCUAUUUUUUUGUUUUGUUUUUGAUAGAAGAACAUGGUUUCACUGCCUUUGUCUUCCCACACUCAAAAUGCCUUUUUGUUGCACUCAGAUCAUGACAAUAAUGUAGUACAAUUAAGGUACUUUUGUAUGAAGUACUUAUUUGUCAUUUAUAUGUAAAGGGAAGGUGUCUUUGCCGUUCAAGCCUGUACAGAAGAUCUGUACAUACAAUUUCUUUUGCUCUGACAGUUUUUCUUUUCUCCUGAGCUUUAUAUUUUACACACUAACGUAAUACCAUACUUUUACUGUAUUUUUCUAAAAGCCCUGAAAAUCGAUAUACAGUAG